AGACACGGAGGCGACGAGGCUCUCGCUCGUCUCGUCUCGUCUCGGGAGGAGUCACGCCCUCGGCACCUCCCCAAAAGCGAAACCAUAUCCGUGUUCCAUGUGGCCGCGCCUAAUCGCCGUCUGCCACGUGCCAUAUCCCGGAUACCCUCUCCAAAACCUCUCCCUCCACAACGCCUCCUCCUCCGCUCCUCCCUAGGCAGCUAGCCUCUCCGCCUCCCUCCCUUCCGGCCAGCCAGCCAGCUCGCAAUUCCCGCAACUCGCGCCGCCGCGAGGGCAAUGGAGUCCACCGGCGCCGCCAUCUCGGCGCCGUUCGGCUGCCGCGCGUUGCGCUGGGCCGGGCAGCGGCCUCUCCGGGCGGCCGAUGCCAGGAGAAGGCGUGUGGGUUCGGGCCCCGGGCCGGAGCAGUGGAGGAGCUUGAAGGCGAGCUGCGUGGCCACGGAGAAGCCCGACGAGAAGGCGGCGCCGGGGCUGGAGUUCGCCGACGACGAGGACUACGUCAAGGGCGGCGGCGGCGAGCUGCUCUACGUGCAAAUGCAGGCCACCAAGGCCAUGGAAAGCCAGUCCAAGAUCGCCUCCAAGCUGUUGCCUAUAGCUGAUGAAACUUCAGUGCUUGAUUUGGUUAUCAUUGGCUGUGGUCCAGCCGGCCUAUCUCUGGCUGCAGAAUCAGCAAAUAAAGGACUCACUGUUGGUCUCAUUGGCCCUGAUCUUCCAUUCACAAACAAUUACGGUGUAUGGGAGGACGAAUUCAAAGAUCUCGGCCUGGAGAGCUGUAUUGAGCAUGUAUGGAAGGAUACUGUCGUGUACCUAGACCGUAACAAGCCGAUAAUGAUUGGCCGAGCAUAUGGCCGGGUGGACCGAGACUUGCUGCACGAGGAGUUGCUGAGAAGAUGCAACGAUGCUGGUGUUACAUACCUCAACUCAAAGGUUGAACAGAUAAUAGAAUCUCCAGAUGGACAUCGAGUAGUAUAUUGUGAAAGGGACCGCAAGAUACUUUGCAGGCUUGCCAUUGUUGCAUCUGGAGCAGCAUCUGGUAAGCUUCUAGAGUAUGAGGUUGGAGGACCACGUGUUUGUGUGCAGACUGCAUAUGGUGUAGAAGUCGAGGUUGAAAGAUAUCCGUACGACCCCAGCUUAAUGGUUUUCAUGGACUACAGAGAUUGUUUCGAAGAGAAGUUCUCACACCCUGAGGAAGCCAAUCCAACAUUUCUCUAUGCCAUGGCCAUGUCAUCCACACGAGUUUUCUUUGAGGAAACAUGCUUAGCUUCAAAAGAUGCAAUGCCUUUUGAUCUCCUUAAGAAGAGGUUGAUGUCUCGGUUGGAUGCGAUGGGAGUUCGUAUCGUAAAAGUAUACGAGGAGGAGUGGUCUUAUAUUCCUGUUGGAGGAUCCUUACCUAACACAGACCAGAAGAAUCUUGCAUUUGGUGCUGCAGCGAGUAUGGUCCAUCCUGCAACUGGAUAUUCAGUGGUCAGAUCUUUGUCUGAAGCUCCAAGAUAUGCUUCUGUGAUAUCUGAUAUCUUACGAAAUCGUGUCUAUUCUGGACAAUAUUUGCCUGGAAGUUCUGAAAUGUCCAGUCCAUCAAUGCUUGCAUGGGGAACACUAUGGCCUCAAGAACGGAAACGUCAGCGCUCAUUCUUCCUCUUUGGAUUGGCCUUGAUAAUUCAACUGGAUAACAAAGGCAUCCAAACAUUCUUUGAAACCUUUUUCCGGUUACCCAAAUGGAUGUGGCAAGGAUUCCUUGGUUCGACGCUUUCGUCGGUGGAUCUCAUGCUGUUUGCACUCUACAUGUUUGCAAUUGCGCCAAACACUCUGCGAAUGAACCUCGUCAGACACCUCCUCUCGGACCCGACUGGUUCGGCAAUGAUCAGGACCUACCUGACCUUGUAAAACCAUUCAUUUGACUAGCCUGCGAGAAAUCUAGAAAGUGUACAGUUUUGUAGUUGUACAUAACAUAGUUAGAGAUGUUGGAGGAUGUCCCCUGCCGUGCCAUGUGUUGCCUCUGCCUAUGCCUGGUAGUGGAGUAAAGCGUGGAUCUUUGUAUA